AUGAAUCAACAAGGAGAUGUGUCUGAAAUAGAAACAGAGAGCGUGGGGGCUAGUGGUGUAUCUUCUGCUGUCUGCCCUCACUGGGGCCCUGAAAUCUGGACCAGCAAUAAGAUAUUUUCUGCGUGGAAGGGGGAGCCUUUGCUCUUGGGUACAGUAAAUCAGAGGUAUGAGCCAAUCUUUUUCCAGUCCAUUGGAAAUCCAUUUAUUUUUAGAUGCCUAGAUGGGGUACUCAUUGAUGGAAAUGAUAAAGGAAUAUCAAAAGUUGUAUACAGAUUUUCCCGUGGGAGAGAUUUACUUGGCCCUUUGAAAAUGAGUGAUAGCACAUGGCUAACAUCAGAAAUUCAUAAUCCACUGGCUGUGGGACAAUAUGUCAACAAUUGUUCUAACAACAGAGCAGCUAAUGUGUGCUACCAGGAAUUCGAUGUGCCUGCAGUUUUCCCUAUAGAACUGAAGCAAUAUAUCCCAAACAUUUCUUACAACUAUAAUGAACAAAGGCCACUUCGUUGUGUUGUUCUUGUUGCACUUAGAGACAUCAAUCAAGGAGAAGAGCUUUUAUCAAAUGACUACACAUUUAUCAGCUGA